CAUUGCAGCCUCUGCCGUUUGUGCAUACAACCUCAGCGCUAUCAUGCAGGCUUUUAACGGGCCCUUUCGCUCCCAGGAGAACCCUCGCUCCACGUGGCUGCCUACCCCAAACCCCAUCCCUAACUUCCAGUGUGGGACCAUAGAGGAAGAAGGGCCUAAUGAAGGACUAACUGAACGCAGUCUGCAGGACGCCCAGCGGCUCUACCUCAUGAAUGACGUGGUUCAGCCUGUUUCUGUGGACCCGCUGGUUUGGCAGGAUGAUGUGCGGUUCUCUAAGUUGGUUGUUGACAUUGUACAGGGGCAGGAUACUUUGCACCACGUCAUGUACAUAGGCACAGAGUAUGGAACUAUUCUUAAGGCCCUGGCAACCACAAAUAAGAGCCUGCAAGGUUGCUACUUGGAGGAGAUGCAGCUCUUCCCUCCUGGUCUGCGCGAGCCAAUCCUGAGCCUUCAGAUUCUCCAUGGCGACAGGACUCUUUUUGUGGGCCUGAAUGACAAAGUGAUGAAGAUCCCUCUGGCGAGAUGCUCCAGCCACAAAACAGAAUUGAUGUGUUUGGAUGCAAGGGACCCUUACUGUGGUUGGGACCGAAAGCAGCGCCGUUGCACCACCAUAGAGGACAGCUCCAACAUGAGCCAGUGGUUCCAGAACAUCACUGCCUGCCCGCUGAGGAACCAAACCACAGAUGGUGCGUACGGACCCUGGGCUCCAUGGCAACCCUGCAGCCACAAUGACGGCGAAGGCACCAGCACAUGUCUCUGCAGAUCACGGGCAUGCGAUAGUCCGCCAUCUCGCUGCGGAGGUAAAAACUGCGAGGGGCCGACCAUUGAGGUGUCCAACUGUUCAAGGAAUGGAGGUUGGACACCCUGGUCGUCCUGGGGCCAGUGCAGCACAAGCUGUGAGAUUGGGUUUGAAGUCCGCCAGCGAUCCUGUAACAAUCCUUCGCCCAGGCAUGGCGGCCGAGUGUGUGUGGGGCAAAGCAGAGAACAGAGAUUCUGCAAUGAGAAGUUAUCGUGCCCUCAGCCCAUCUUUUGGUCAUCAUGGUCGCCCUGGUCCAAGUGCAGCUCAGAGUGUGGGGGAGGGGUGCACUCUCGCUCCAGGAACUGUGAGAAUGGAAAUAGCUGUCCAGGAUGUGCGCUGGAGUACCAGGCAUGUAAUCUGGAGUCCUGUCCAGAGGUGCGCCGAAACACCCCAUGGACCCCUUGGGUGCCGGUGAAUAUAACCCAGGGAGGGGCACGGCAAGAGCAAAGAGUUCGCUACAUCUGCCGGGCCCAACUGGCUGACCCUCAUGAGCUUCAACUGGGCAAGCGUAAAGUUGAGACACGCUUCUGCCCCAAUGACGGGACGGUAACCUGUGAAACAGACUCACUAGUUGAGGAGCUUCUCAAGACGCCUGGUGUGCGACUGACAGGCUCUGGCUGGUCAUCGUGGGACAUGUGGUCAGCUUGCACUCAGGACUGUGCCAAAGGCUACCGCACUCGCAAACGCACCUGCACCAGUGCAGAGGGCAAAAGCGUUCCCACUGCCUGCCGGGGCUCUCCAGUAGAAUAUCAGGACUGCAAUCCUCAGCCGUGUCAAGUUAACGGUGCCUGGUCUUGCUGGUCAUCAUGGUCGCAGUGCUCAGUGCCCUGUGGAGGUGGGCACUACCAACGAACACGCACAUGCACCAACCCCGUCCCUGGCAAUGGAGGGGACAUCUGCAUCGGCUUGCACACAGAGGAGGCUCUUUGCAACACGUACACCUGUGAUGGUGGGUGGAUGGCCUGGUCAUUGUGGUCUGAGUGCGAUGACUCGGGCCUGCAGCUGCGCAGUCGAGUGUGCGGGGCUCAGUCCACACCAUGUGUGGGAAACGGCUCUCAGCAACGAGACUGCAAUGAGAUCCCAGCCAUUCUACCGGCAUCUAGCUAUGAGAAGGACCAGCAGUGUGGGGGGUUCACUCUGCUUCACCUGAUAGCUACAGGCGUGUCGUGCUUCCUGGGUGCCGGUCUGCUGUCCUUCCUGGUGUAUGUGUACUGUCAGCGGUUCCACAAGCCCUCGCAGGAGUCUGCAGUCAUCCACCCCACCACUCCCAACCACCUCAACUACAAGGGCAACACCACACCAAAGAAUGAGAAAUACACACCCAUGGAGUUCAAGACUCUGAAUAAGAACAAUUUGCUGCCAGAUGAGAGGACCAACUACUUCCCUUCACCGCUUCAGCAGACGAACGUGUACACCACCACAUACUACCCCACAGCGCUGGGCAAAUAUGACUACCGGGCAGACUCCUCACCGUCUCCUUGCAGAACCUAUAACCACAGCUGAGGCACGUGUCCCAUCCGUAGCUUUAUCACCAUGGUGACAAGGCUGCUCCGUACAUCUCCUAAAACCCUCCACUUUCCCCACCCACACACUCUGCACCCGAUGAGGUGCUUGUUCCAACAUUCCAGCUGAUUUUUUCCCUAAGAUCUCUUCCCUGACGACCGGGUCACCUAAGUCCAUGCCUUACGGUGUCCAAUGAGGGGAAAGUCCAGUGAUUCAAACAGCACUUUUUAAAGAUUGUGUAGCUACACUGACUUUGAUAAACUGGUGUCUUGAUUGAUCGCUGCAGAACUCCUGUUACUGGAAAGAGGUUUUGCUGAAGCUCAAGGUGGGAAGACAAAAUUGUGCUGGCAUCCCGUACCACUCCAACAAUAUCCAUUACAGGAAAUGCAAUCUGCCACACUGUGGCAGUUCUUUUUGAAACUACAGAAGAAGAAUAGACGGACACCAGACAAAAGAGAGCAAUCAAUGGUGACAUUAUUAGGUUUGGUCAGAACGGCGGAAUUGUGUUACCUUUGGAUGUAAAUGUAAGGAUGUCCCACUGACUUCCAACCUUUGAGGGACAAAUCUCUGUCAAAAGAGGAUGGGUUGCAAGAUCAAUGCAUCUCCUGGGUGAAUCGUUCGGAACCAAGCUGCAGAAAAAAGAACAGCUUAAAAUAGGAUGCUAUUCAGAAUGGACUCUUAUCAGAACUGAAACAGAUUUUCAGCACGUUAAAAGGCCAGAAGAAUGCGUCAUUAUUUCCCUGAAAAGUCGAAAUGCCUUUUUUACUUGCGAAUGCAUGGGAAUCGAGGAAUAUUGCACCAACAUGGAAUAUGCUUAGGUCAGAAGCAAACAUGCUCUGCUCUGUUACUGUAAGUCCCGGUGGUCAUAUUAAAUAUGACUGGGUUCAAACUGAGACGGACUAUAUUUUAUUAUGAAAAAAUGUAGGAAAUAUUGAUAGCUUGGCACUUGUUUUAUACGGUUAUUUUAAAGAGGGAAUUAUUCAGCUGUUAUAGUAAAUAGAUGGACGAUAGAGUUUAUUUAAGAUAUGAGUACAAACAUUGACGGAGCUAUACUGAACAUAUUUUUUCUUAUUGUUUCCAGAUGGUAUAUUCCUAACCAUCAUCACAUUCAUCAGAGAUAUGAGCGAAGGCGUACACUCUUAUAUGAGCAUCAUAUAUUCAUAAAAUUGCCCAGAGAGUCAACUCAUGCAGAAAUGAUCAAUGGAUCACUGUCUUUUUCACAUCAAACAAUAUCUAAAAAAUGAAUCUUUGUGCAGCACUAUGUGCCUAACUCAGAUGUUAUUUUGCCCGUGUGUUGACAUGCUUCCCAGCGGCAUCACGCCCACAUUCCAGAUGCAACUCUCCAGUUAUCGAUAAAAACGAUUCAGGAAUGGCAACUGUCACCGGUAUCUAGUAUUUAUGGUAUGCUUGGUUUCUAAAGGGCAUUGAAAACUAAACUAAGAUAUUUUAUCAUGCUCGUCUAAUGAAUGCUAAGCCAGCCAUGCUUUCAGCUAAGCACGAGUACAUGGGUUGUAAAUAAGUGAUGUCCCACAGCGAAAAAAAGUAAUGCCAUGCAAAGAAUAGUAUAAUGUACAUGUAUAUUGUAAAGCUAACACUGUUUUUUAAACGCCUUAUAGUUGUAAAAUAAUAUGUGCAGCAGCUGUGUAAAUAUACCAACCGUAGGGAUUGUGUGGGGAUGGAGCCUGUCAGCGACAAGAGUUUGACUGCAAUAGAGAGACCAUCUCGUGGACCAACCCUGAUCGAUAACAUCAAAGAUUAUUCAUUAGAGUC